ACACGCACCAAACUGUGCUGCAAUCGCUUGCCAGGUGGUGGUACCCUUGUAGAUAUGGCUCACAGAGGUGAUUUGCUUUUACGGCAGCAUUUACAGCUGUCCGCUACAAUUGUUACCACCAGAAUACUCAAUGUAGCAGCUAGCUUUAUGGAGAAUGGAGUAUGGAAUGUAGAUCUUAUUCAAGAAUUGAGGGAGUCUUGUUUUGCUCAUCUAAAUCAGUUUGAAACACAAAUGCAGUCUCAUUCAAAUUUAGAGCAUCAUGCACAGCAAUGUGUAGAGACAUUUGCUGGCCGCAUUGCAAUGAGAAUGCUGCCUGAGGUAUCUGAGCUUCUUGAGGCUGGGGAAUUUAGUCAAGAAGUGAUUGACAAAUGGAAACAAUUUCUUGUUGCUUUGGAGGAUGAAUUAGGUAUGCAGCUACAACAAUAUACAACUAUAGAACUUGGAGGCACUUCUAAUGAAACUGACACAGUAUCUAGCAUAGAGCAUGAAAGCAGCAAAGGAGAAGCAAACAGAGAACAAGAACACGAGAGUGCAGGAAAACAGUCAACUAAAUUUUCAGCAACAGCUGCAAAUACUCUAGAUUCUCAACUGUUGUCUUCUGUAAUUACGAAGUUCGAGAAAGUGAUUUCUAGUUCUUCAGCUCAUUCUGAAGUUAGUAGAAUUGGUACAGCUGGAUUUCAAAGUGACACUGAUUCAGUUAAAGGCAAUGUGUCUGUAACUUUACAUGCUGCAGCAAGAGAAAUGAAUAGCUUGCAAGCAAUUGAUGAAACAAAACUAGAGACAAAGUCUCCUUUAGUGAGACUGGGCAAAGAGUCACUGAAUAGAUUUCAUUGUUCAGAAACAAGAAACAGUCAGAGUGAUAAGAGAGCUGUUUUGAGCAAAGCUGUCAGUCCAUCUGUAUCACAUCGUCUUCUUCUAAUACUGAGUGUAGAGAUUGCUUCAAAAUGGAGAACAGUUGCUUCUAGCCUCCAACCAGAAGCAAUGGAUGAACGUUUGCAGAAUGUGAUUGCUCUUCAGCACGCAGGCAAUCUUCAAAAACAAGCAUUUCAUAUGCUCAAAGCUUGGAAGGACAAAUAUGGCCGUGUUGCGACUGUCAAUACUAUGUGUGAAGUGCUGAUUCACGUCAACUGCAGGAAAGUGGCUGAAAAAGUAUUAGGUAACAGGGAAGUGCAGCAGGUGCAGUCACAAAUGAGGGAGACUGAACGUGAAGAUUUCUGUCAGCUGAACAAGUUGCCUAUGCAAUUGGAGAAAAACAGCUCUGUUAGUGUGGCUCAGUCUAAAUAUAGAAGUGAGAGAGUUCAAUUUGGCAGUGAUUCUUUCAAAGACAAGGUUGCAGUUAUGUCUUCACAUCCAGAAAUACAAUGCAGAGAUAAGCUGCAGAUAUCUGAUGGGACAGAGCUAGAAAAAAUAUCUGUUGUGGCACAUCCUGACCAUGCACAUCACAGUCACAGAAACAAUACAACAACUGUGUUAGGUGAUGAAGCAGGAAAUCAGGUUGUCUCAGAUCAUCAGUUUCAAUUGUUAAGUGUUGAGAUUGCUCCCAAGUGGAGAAACGUUGCUCAUUGUCUUAAGCCUGAGCCAAUGCAUGGACAGAAACUAGAUGACAUUGCUAUUCAACAUCCAGACAACCUGCAGGAGCAAGCAAUUUGUAUGCUUGAAGCGUGGAGAGACAAAUAUGGUCAUACUGCCUCUAUCAAGACGUUGUGCGAAGUUCUUAUCAAUGCUGACUACAGAGCAACUGCAGAAAAAGUAUUUGGGAGAACAAUUGUGGAGCAAGUUUACUCACAGAUGAGGGGAACUGACACUCAAGGUCUGACAGUUUGGGAGUGCUGUUUGACUUGUUUUCAGCGUUUCGUGUUAGCAGAGCCUACUGCUGCAUUAUACACGUUGGCAGAAGAAGUUGGCACUGAUUGGAAGCCAGUGGCUGUCUAUAUGCGUUUAUCAUCUCGGCAGAUAAAGCUUAUUGAACUAGAGGCUCAGAUUCCAAGACAGCAGGCAUUUAACAUGCUAUGUCACUUACAUUCCAAGAUGGGCAGUUGUUUCAAUAUUGAUGAGGUACAGAGACAAUUGCAACAAAUCAGAAACAAAAAACAAGAAGUGGAGUUGAAAAAUCAGAUUUUUCCUCAGAAUAUUCGUGAUGACGUGAGACUGUGUGGAAGACAGACAGAGUUGGAUGCUAUUUCUGAAACAUUUUGGGAAAGCAAGUUAGACAAGCAGAAAUGCCAAGAAAUUCCCGAGUUUUGCUUGCAGGUUAUAAAUGGAAUGGGUGGGUGUGGUAAAUCUCACUUGUCAGAAACGUAUGCAGCUAUGUACAAGGAGAUGUAUGCUGACGGAAUAUUCUAUUUUAAUGGAGAGUCAUCAGCUUCUCUUCAUCUCUCAUUGAGAAAAAAUUUGCGGCAGUCAUCAAUGCAGUCAAUGGGAGGGGGUGUUUUUGAUGACAAUGAUAUAUUUCUUCAAUAUGUUUAUGGGAAGAGCAGAAUUUUGCUGCUAUAUGACGGAGCAGAUAAUUUGCAUGUGUUGGAAAAAAUUGUUCCUCGUCUUACAGCACAUGUCCAUGUAUUGGUAACUACUCGUUUUAGUGAUUUUCACCAUCCUAUAAUGAAGUGUGCUAGCAAAGUUACAUCUCUUAGUCGGCUAAAAUGUGAAGCUGCAGUGGAAGCUCUUCAAGUCUGGAGUGGUCUUGCUGAUGAAGAAUUGACAGGUGAAGAGAAAAUAUAUGCCCAACGUCUGGUGAGUGAACGUCCAAUUGAUGGUUUACCAUUGGCUAUUGCUCACGCAGGAACAUUCAUAAGGAAGAGAAAGGUUAGCUGUCAGCAAUAUUAUCAACUGAUCAGAACACAACAAGCAAGUCUUGAAGCUCUUGCUCUUGAUAUGAACAAACUUCUUCAUUAUUUUCAAAUCAGUAAUCUCCAGGAAUCACUGCAGCAAUACAAUGUGUUUCAUACUGACAACUUGUCGAAACUAACUGAUAAAAACAUUCAGUCAAUAACUGAUAAUGACCAUCAGCGACAUCUUCUUUCCAGGGCCAGAUAUUAUGUGAUGAAUAGUGAUCAUGUACACUUGACAUGGCAACUUGAUAUUGAGACAGUGGAAGAAACAGAUGACAACGCCAUGCUGCUUUUGUCUUAUGCUUCUCUUAUGGCAUAUAAAAAUAUUCCUGAAUUCAUAUUGCAACCUCUUGCAUUUGGUCCACUUCCUCGUUAUCACUACAACAAGUCUCUCAGUACAUUGAUGUCUCACUCACUAGUCGAUGUGCGUGAUGGAAAUAUCUUAAUACAUCCACUUGUUCAUUCAACAGUUUUAGACCGUAUUUUGCGUCAAUCAGAGCUACUUCGUGACAGACUAGCCAAAUUGUCUCACUUGCUUCUUAAUUUUCUGCCACUUCGUGAUGGCUUAGAUAUUCUGUCUUGUCUAAGAGAUGAUAAGUUUAUUUCUCUCGUCCCUCAUGUUUAUGCGGCAGCACAGAAAGCUGUGUGGUUCCAGAAUGAUGAGCAUUGUGUUUCUCUUGUGAGCCUUGCUUGUUCUAUAGCAUUACAAUCUCAUCAUGUGGAUGUGGCUGCCGAUCUAUGCAAGCAACGCUUGAAAGCAUCGGAAAUGCUACCAAACAUUAGUCAGCGUGUUGACGCAUUGUCAGCCAUGGGCAAAGCCUAUUUACUGAUGUCACAGCCACAGGAAGCUCAGAAUCAGUUCAUGACGGCUAAACAGUUAAUAGAAAACUGUCAAGAAAAUGACUCACCACAAAUGUUGCAUAAACAUGCUAUAACUCUUCAUUAUUUGUCUCAGUGCUGUUCACAUCUGGGUGACAAGGAAAGAGCCUUUCAGCUGUGUAAGAAGUCUUUGUGUAUUGCAUCUCAAUGUUUGCCUGAUGAUCACCUUGACAUUGCAAUAUAUAAGAGUCAAUUAUCAGAGUGCCAUAUCAAAUCUGGUAAUCUUGAUAAAGCGAUCGACAUUUUACGUCAAUGUAUUGACAUAUUUGAGCAACACAUGCCUGCCGCAAGGAGUCAUCUUUGUUUAUGUCUCAAUGACUUAGCGUUAUGUUACUACAAUAAAAAUGGAAAGUUGAGUGAUGCCAUUAAAACAUUUGAAAUAUGCUUGAAGCAUAAGCGUUCAAUUUACCCAGAACAUCAUCCUGAAAUUGGAACAACUUUGUGGAAUCUUGGUUUGGCAUACAAACGUGUAGAUGACGUUGAGAAGGCAACUCAUAUAUUGAGAGAAUGUCUGCCAAUUAGAGAGAAAGCUUUUCCUGCAACUCAUCGUAAAGUUAUCGAUGUAUUGUGGCGCCUAGGAGAAAUGACGUUCGAGCAGAGACUCUAUGAAGAGUCGUUACAAAUGUUUAGCAGAGUGCGUGCCAUUCUCAUGAGACCAUUUUCAGAAUCAGAGGAAAUGGUUAGAGCAUGUAUCAACGUAGGUCUAUGUCAUAGCCAUUUAUUACAAUGGGAUGCAGCAAAAGACGCAUAUUCUCAGUCAUUGGAGAUUGCAACUUCUGUUUAUACACCAGGAGAUGACAGAAUAGCUAAGAUUCAACAGCAUCUACACAACGUAGAUGUUAACCGUCAAUUGUUGCUAUGGCAAUGAAGCAAUAUUGGUUUGAAGUUGGUAUUGAUGCAACUGCUACACGUAUUGACUGUCAAAUGAUCAAAUAAUUGACUGUCAGAUUAUCAAAUACAUCUUUUUGGUAUAGCUAGACAGCGAGCGCGGUGCAUAGCUAGAUAGAUACACAUCUCUCUCUAUACUUCUAAUAUAUAUAGAUACUGUAUGUACUCGUUACAUUACCCAUG